CAAAAACAUUCCUACGCAUUUAGAACAUCAAAUUUAAUUGACAAAGGAGAGAUAAGAAAGAAUUGAUUAAUUUUGUUCAUUUAAUCUGUUAAAAGUAGACAUAAAGUUUAAAGCAAGCCAAAAUUAAACAUCAAGUGUUAAUUGACAUCUACAAUACGAGAAAAAUGCAAGCUAUAAUUAGAGGAUCUCGUGAGCAUGUAUCAUCGGAAAUUUUGGAAGAUGCAGACAGUCCAGUCGUUGAAGAAGCAUUCGAAAGAACAACAUUAGCAAUUACGCGUGAUAAAAUAGUGAAAGAUGUAUGGCAAAGAGAAACUCGUAAGCCACUUCCGGUAAAUGCUGAUUCUGAUGGAUAUAUUACUCGGUUUGAGAUCCAGUUUGCAAGAAUUUGUCCUAAUGCAGACAGUGAACAAGCCAGUAAUACGAAAAAAUAUGUUGUUUAUGAUGUUAUAUGCACGUUGGACACAACGACGCAGGCUGAUAAAGCUCCAGCCAUUAUUGAGCGAAGAUAUACAGACUUUUUAAAACUUUAUGAGGCCCUUAAGAAGGAAAGUCCUCAGUUGAUGGUAAAUGUUGCCUUUCCAAAGAAGAAAAUUUUAGGUAACUUCACAAGCGAUUUGAUCAGCGAACGAUCUGUGGCUUUUGAGAAUCUCCUUGACUAUUGUGUAUCGAUUCCUGCCUUACGUGACUCACCGAGUUUCCUUAGUUUCUUACAAGAUGAUGAGCUUACAAAAGCUUCGAGAUUACUCGACGAACGAAGAAAUGAAGCGGCUGUGCCGAUUUUAGAAAAUAGUUUCCAACUUCUGAACAAAGUAUAUUUAGAUAAAUCACGUCAAGUGCUUCUUUUGUUAUGCCGAUUAGUCUGUGCAUGUACAACAUCACCAAUAUCUCAUCCAUCCUCAAUAAAAUGGACUGACUUAGCAUUGAAGCGAUUUAAUCAUGUAUCUGAUACUGAGAUUCUUGUGCUUUAUAUCCCAUUAUUGAACACUGCGUCAUACCUUUAUUGGCAAAAAGGCUUGGAUGCAAAGUCGAUAAAUGACAGAUUAGAAGAAAUGGGACGUAAAGGUAUUAAGAUAAAGGAUACAUUGACCCUCAUUCAAUGUUUACACACAAUGGAGCCUAGAAGUGAAACUUUUUGAACAUCACAUCUAUUUUAUUCUACUUCAAAUCAUUAUUGAAUCUUAUUUCUAAACAAACCUAUGACAGUAAUUUUUCUCAUAACUAAUAUUGUGGCUUAUUCUUAUCGAUUGAUUCAUUAUUGUGAC